GUCGUAAAUGGGGGGGAAGGGGGGGAGGUGCUCCCAUCACCCCCCAUGCGCACCGUGUGUGUGGCAGUCUGAGUUGAUCGGCCGCGCACACACACGCGCACGCACGCACGCACACGUCACUGGAAUUUUGAUGACUAUUAAUCGGAUUAUCACGAGUGGAUUUGAAUUGGAACUAUUAACUGGAAGCGAGCCUGUUGGACAUUUUUUUGUUGUUCUACUUUGUGGACUUUUCCCAUAGCAAAGCGGUCCUCCUGUCGGCGGCGCGCAUUCCGAGCCACGUUGGCCCUCCCGUCCUCGUCUUGGCGCCGACUGGCACGACUCGGAAGAGCGUGACAGAGCGAAGAGAGAGCGAAAGAGAGAGGGGGAAUGUCGUGGGAAGGGAAAAUGAUCCAAACGGCGCUCCUCGCCGCCCUCCUCUUCCUCCACGCCGCGCCCUCGUCCUACGCUCACCACUACCACCACGGGAGGAGGGUGUGUGGCAGCUGGGAUACGCACCCCCAGCGCCACCAGCAGCACCAGCAUCAUCACGUCGUCACGGCAACAGAGUCGUACGUCCUCCCGCUGCACAAGCCCUACGUGGCCGUGUGUCAGGGCCACCGCCUCUGCAGCACCUACAAAACGGUGUACACGGUGGCUUACCGUCUGGUGAGCAGAGUAGCUUAUUCCUCCAACUUCUACCCGGAAUGUUGUCCGGGAUGGAGACGCUUUCACUCGCUUAACUGUAACCAAGCCGUGUGCGAUGACGACUGCCUGAACGGCGGCUCGUGUCUGAGACCCGAAAGGUGCGCUUGUCCGCCGGGAUGGACGGGACGCCACUGUGGGACAGAUGUGGACGAGUGCAUGGCGCAGCAUCCGUGUUCUCAGCAGUGCGUCAACACGCUCGGUAGUUUCCGAUGCUCCUGUCGCGACGGUUUCGGGCUAGCCGGGGACGCCCGCACCUGCCGCCGUCUCGGACCCUACACUGCGGCGCCACCAUCAGGCGGAACGUCGGGUAUCAUUCCUGGGAAUGUGACGGAGGAAGUGCAGAGUCUGAGGAGCAGAGUGGAGCUUCUGGAGAAGAAGCUGCAGGUGGCGCUGGCGCCGUACAGCAGCGUUUUCCCAGAGGAGGGCGCGUCGCAGAACAGCGUCACUUUGCUGUCGCACUCCUUCCGUCAGCUGGACCGCAUCGACUCCCUCAGCGAGCAGAUCGGAUUCCUGGAGGAGCGUCUGGGAACCUGUUCCUGCCAGGAAAACUAGCCGAGACAAAAACUAAAACAACAUGGCCGACACACGCGCACACCAAGAUUGUACUCGCCGGGUUGUCGAACGCAGUCAUCGCACAAAUCAACACGGGGAUGUUCCCUCACAGGUCCGCUUCCGAAGUCUUCAAACUGUAACAUUGUCUCUUUGAUGCUUCAAACGACGACUGUAACGUCUUUGAAAUUUUGAAUUAAUUACAACCACUUUUAACAUGUCUUUGAUUUUUCAAUUUAUUCAAAACGUUGGUGUUUCAAUUGUUUUUGAUGUUUCAAACAACUGUCACUUUGUGUCUUUGAUAUUUCAAAUAACUAACGUGAACCCAAAUAGUCAUCAGAGCAGCUGUGUCCUCACAAGAGGACGUCUGUAUUCAUCUCGUAUUUGUUCUUUUACAUUUUAUUUAAAAUUACAACCAGUUAUUUCUCAGUACACAUUUUUUUGUAACAUUUUGUAAUAAAACAACAUCAGUGAACAAAAAAUGCGAUGUGUAUGCUC